AUGUCCUUUCUUUUCUCUCUCCGUUUACCCUUUUUAAUACUUUCUAGCUCUUUUUUCUCUUUUUCACUCUCUUUCUUUAUUCCCCUCAACUUUCUUUUCUCUUGCCAUCCUCUUUUUAAACUUUUUUUUCUUUUCUCAAAACUCCCUAUCCUUAUCCCCUUUUUUUUCUUAAUUAAACCUUUUCUUUAUUUCGGUAAACUUCUAUUUUCUAAAAUUCAAAUUAUCUAUCUAUCUAUCUAUCUAUCUAUCUAUCUAUCUGUCUGUCAAUUAAUCUAUCUAUCUAUCUAUCUAUCUCAAUGUUCUUAUCUUAUCUAUCUUCUAUCUAUCUAUCUAUCUAUCAAAUCUAUUUAUCUAAAAAAAAGUCUGUUCUUAUCUAUCUAUAUCUAUCUAUCUAUCUAUCGAUCUAUCAAACAGUCUGUUCUUAUCUAUCUAUCUAAAUAUCUAUCUAUCUAUCUAUCUAUCUAUCUAUUUCAGUCUAUUAUAUCUAUCUAUCAUAUCUAUUAUCUAUCUAUCUCAGUCUGUUCUUAUCUAUCUAUCUAUCUAUCUAUCUAUCAUAUUUCAUAUUCUUUCUAUUUCUAUCUAUCUAUCUAUCUAUCUAUCUAUCAUCUAUCUGUUCAAUCUAUCUAUCUAUCUAUAUUUCUAUCUAUUAUCUAUCUAUCUAUCUAUCUCAGUCUGUUCUUAUCUAUCUAUUUAUCUAUCUAUUUAUCUAUCUCACAUCUGUUUCUUAUCUAUCUAUCUAUCUUGGCCUGUUUAUCUACCUAUAUAUCAUUGACAUUUUUAUGUAUCUAUCUAUUUAUUUAUCUAUCUGUCUUGGCCUGUUUAUUUUAUUUAUUUACAAUGUCUUUAUCUAUCUAUCUAUCUAUCUAUCUAUCUAUCUAUCUGUCUAUCUAUCUAUCUAUCUAUCUAUCUUGGCCUGUUUAUAUCUAUCUAUCGUGA